AUGACUGCUGCAGCCAUGCAAACACCCGCCAUCCCGCCCCGUCCUGUCAAGGACAAGGACGAUUUAUCACCUCCCAAGAUUCCUCCCCGUCCUAGCAAGCGUUUCGACCGCUCGAUAUCCCCCAACCCCGACCGCUUCGCCCCGUCACCGUUCAACGAGGGUAUCCCCCAAAAGAGCCCCAAGACUCUCCGCUUCAGCCCCAACGACAAUGCCCAGGAGCAGGACCCCAUUGACCGCUCCGGCAGCGUCCCAAUGCCCUCCAUCGGUCAGGAGGGUCUCGAAUACAGCUCUAUCGCCAACGAGCUCAAGGCUGAAGAGGAGGAGACUGGAGAGAAGCCCCAAGCUGCUGCACCUGAACAAACUCGCACUGUUGCCAAAGACCUGAAGCUUCAUGCCCCCAAGCCGUCGCUUCCUGCCCACAGCGCCAAGCAGCGCGUCCAGGCCGUCACCCGCACCGACUCUGACAAGGCCGCCUCUUUCGGCAUUGGCCGUCCCACCUCUCGCGACGGUGUCAAGAAGAAGGCCAGCACAAGCUUUUCGGCCAGCGAAGGCCGACCCGAGAUUGAGGAUGAGCAGGGCAUCCCCGAGAUUGGCCAGCGCGUUCCUAUGAACCCACAUCUCGGUGAUGUCCAGGCUCCUUCGCCCGCUCCUGGUUCUGAUGAGUCCAAGAAGCACCACCACCGCAAGCACAGCUCUCGUGGUGGACCUCCUGGCAGCUACGGUCUUCAUGGCCACGGAGUUGCGCCCCAGGACAAGCUGGAAAAGGAUUACUACGACAAGCAUCCUGAUGCGCUGAAGAGGGAGCACAAAACACCUCUGCAUGAUCGCCAGAACGACUAUGCCCUCAGCAGUAACGAUCUGAACAAGCUCGUCAGGGACACGCGGAGUCGUGGAUCCGGCCUCGCCUCCGAGUAUAAAUCUACUCCCACCGAGGAGGUCGGCUUCCAGGCCAGUGAAGAGUAUGCUUCUCGUCUGUCUCCUCGUCCCGCUUCUGUAGCCGCCGACAAGAUUCAGCCUCUCUCGUUCAAGUCGGAGAUUACUGGUCCCGACGGUGAGAGCACUGUUCAUGUUGACGACCCCAAGCAUCCUGAAUAUCGCUCCUAUGGUGAUGAGGAACCUGCUGCCGAUGAUGAGGAUCACGAGUACACUGCGCCUAUUCUCGCUCCCGAUGAAGUUGAGAAGGAGGGCAACUUCCACCAGCAGCCUGCCGUCCACCCCCCUCCUGAACGUCGAGGUAGCGCCGGUGAGUUGGAGGAACCCACCAGCCGACCCUUGAGUCGAUCAAGUAGGCCCAAGAGCCGACCUACCAGCAUCUACAAGAACAACGAUCAAGAGUUUGUUCCUUCUCCUCUGGAUGAUGUCAAGGAGUACGAACCUCUUUUCCCCGAGGAAGCCAAGGAGUCAGAAAAGCCAGCACCUGAGAAGCCGUCUGAAAAGGCCCGGCAUUUCUUCCCCAGCAAGGACGUCUGGGAGGAUGCUCCAAGCAGUGUGCAUUAUACCGCCGAGGUCUCAACACCAGACGAGCAACCCGAGGCACAGAAGUUCGUGGACCGACCCAAGACGCCUGCUCACAUCUUUGCUCAGAAGCAAGAGGAGCUUGCAGAACAAGAGAGUGCUACCGACAUUCCCAAGGCCGAGGAAAAGCCUAUUUGGACGGAAUCAAAAGAGUCCGACUCUUUCCUCAGCGCCAAGAAGAGACCUUCUGCCGGUCGGCGAUUCCCUAGCCGAGACGUAUGGGAAGAUGUUCCAGAGAGUCAGCUGUACGAGGCUACUGUCUCUGAAACGCCAGAGGAAAAGCCCGAGAUCCUAGAGGAGAAGCCUGAGAUCCCAGAGGAAAAGCCCGAGGUCACAGAGGAAAAGAAGCCCGAGAUUCCAACCCGCCCCAAAAAGACAGAGGACCGCCCGGCUGUUCCUGAUCGACCCAAGCCCAAGAAGACCCCGAGCGACGAAGGAAAGCCAAAGCCACCUGUAUCCGACAAGCCAAAGCCUCAGAUUCCUCCUCGUCCGGAUGUCAAGUCAAAGCCCCCAGUGCCUAGCAGACCCGUCGGCAACAAGAUUGCUGCUCUGCAGGCAGGUUUCAUGAGCGACCUGAACAAGCGUCUUGCAAUUGGACCUCAAGCUCCCAAGAAAGAAGAGACGAAACCUCAGGAGGACGUCACCGAGGAGAAGGAAAAAGCCCCGCUUUCGGAUGCCCGGAAGGGCCGCGCUCGGGGUCCACAACGGCGAGCUCCGGCCCGAAGCCCCGCUGCGCCGGUCAAAUCUACGGGGCCGUCCUUGACAUUUUCAAUUCCCCAGACACUUUGGUCAAUUGACCCAGAGGGUUCUCUGUCUGUGUCUGGAGAUUCUCUGGUGCCCGAGACGCCCGAGGUUGAGCCCGAGGUUAAGCCUGAGGUUAAGCUAGAAGUUGAGCCAGAGAUACAACCAGAGGUCAAAUCGGAGGAGGCUCAGCCAGAGGUCAGGGCUCCAGAGCCUGUAGAACAGCCUGCAGAGGUCGAACCUGAAGUGGUUCAGGCUGAGACUGAGACCGCAAAGCCAGAGCCUGCACCGGAGGUUGAGGUUGAGUCUGCAGAGCCUGUUCCUCAAGAACCCGCCGUGGAACCUCAGCCUGCAGCUGAAUCCAAGGAGCCUGAACCUCAACCCGAAGCACCCAAAGAGAUCAAGCCUGAAGAGAACAAGCCUGCGGAGGAAAAGACACUCGUCGCCAACACGGCUGGUGAGAGUAUCCUAGAAACGACGGUCGAAAAGAAGGAUGGUGCAGUUGACCCAGUUGAGGUCACUGAUCAAGUGAAGCAGUAAUAGAGGACGCCAGACCCGUACAAUACAUUCAUUUAUGGAGUAAUCCAAUGACUGGUAAUAUACAUAGCAAGUACAAUACAAAUCGUUACCUACGUGCCCACUUAUCUUCAUCGACGCCUCUUCUCUCCCUCUCGACAAGCUUGUCAAACUCUUGUUGAGCUUGUUCCUUAGGUAGGGACUUUUCCUCGUCGGCGUUGCUGAACGAAUAGCUGUCGCUAGAAUUUGAAGAGUUUCCCCAACUCUGUGACUCUGAUUUCUGUGCCCAACCACGAGGUUCCUGUUGAGUCUGAGGCUGCUGAGACUGUUGUCGAAUGCGAUCCCAUGCUGACCCAGAGACGGAGCUGGUGGGCUGAUUUCGAGCGGAGGAGGCGACGGGCGAAGCAUCAUCGUCAUCGAGGACAUCCCAAUCAUGAUCAUCAGACUGACUCUGCUGUGUCUGCUGUGUAGGGACUUGUGUUCUGUUCCAGGGAGUGUUGUAGCGAGGCUGCUCUGAGCGAUCGGUUUCUUCGUUGCCCCACGAACCCUCCUCCUUCGGUGUCUUCUUGAAAGGCACCCUUGCUGAAGUAGGAUUGGCCAUGACCUGCUCGACUCGCUUGCUGGCAUCCUUGGUGAACUGCUCCAGCCUUGAAUCCUGCGCCAUGGCGCUCUCAACUCGGAUAAAGUUGACAGUGCGGAAGAUGGGCUCAACCAUGAGCAUCGUGACGGCAGCGUAUGCCGUGAAGCGUAGCGUGUGCCAUGUGAAUCGUGGGUAUCGACCGUGGAUCUUUUUGUUGGUAAAGAUGCUCGUCGCCUCGUUGGGGUUGAAUCGACCGCCUAGCUUGGGCUUGUAAAAUGGGAAUUGCCAGGUGUUGCGGCCUCGGUAGGUCAUGUAUGCGGCGAGUCCGACGGUGAUGUACUUGGCGGCGGCAUUGUUGUGGAUGUUGUUGAGGGUGUACUCGGCGAUUGCUUUAACCUCUUGGUCCUCUAGCUCACGGCCGAGAGUAGAUGCAAAUCCGGAGACUCUAGAGGUUGCAACGAGGAGGUUCCAAUCGCGCUUGUACCCGAUGAGCGAGACGUAGAAGGGAGGGGAGUAUUCAUGGAACAGUCGGUUGAUCUGGUCUUGCACCCUCGGUUGGUACUGGUCGCGCUGAGCUAGAGCUUGUUGGCGCCAUUCCUCCAUCGAGUGCUUGUAAGCCUCGCGGGUCGGGCCACUGGGAGCAUUCAUGGUUGCUCAAUUGACGAAAUCA